GCUAGAUGGUAGCUAAAUGAUAGACCGCGUGUGUCAGUUAGGGCUUGAAACGUGUACGACCUCCUAAAAUCUACUUCGAUACAGAAGGAAGGACUGGAAUUAACAACAUCGAUCUUUCCUCUUCCCUCCUAUCCUAUCUAGAAUAUAAAAUAGAAGCUCUACUCCAGACAUCAUGAAGCCUCUCAACCCAACACACUCUUUACCCUCACACUCUUUAACUUAAUAUACCAACAUCCUUACCCACAGUCUUUACCAUCCUUAACAGGAACAAACCACAAUGUUCACUCAUUUCAAACCCAUCACCCUGGCGGUCUCCCUCCUCACAACCCUAACAACAGCCUACUGCAUCCCCAUCAACUCCGGCAGCACCAUCCACACCAAGAUUUUCCCCACCCCCAGCAGCACCGUCCACCCCAGCACCAACGUCCGCCCCAGCACCAUCGUCCGCCCAAGCACCGUCCCCACCACCAGCGGCACUGUCCGCCCCAGCUCAGCCCCCACCACCAGCAGCUCCGUGCCCUACGGCGUCAUGAUCCAGAAGUGCACCCAGCCGGGCGUCGUCGCCCUCACCUUCGACGACGGGCCCUUCACCUACACGCCCGCGCUGCUCGACGUCCUCGCCGAGUUCAAUGCGCACGCUACCUUCUUCGUUAACGGAGAGGGUACGAACUUUGUGUAUGCCGACUACGCGGCGGUCAUGAAGCGUAUCGUGGAUGAGGGACAUCAGAUUGGUUCUCAUACCUUCUCCCACGCCCACCUCACCUGGAUAUCCCCCGACGCCGUAACCGAAGAAAUGACCACCCUCGAAUCCACCUUCCAGACCAACAUCGGCCGCAUCCCAACCUACAUGCGCCCGCCCUUCCUCGAAGUCGACGACAGCGUGCUGUCCACCCUGACGGGCCUGGGCUACCACGUCAUCGGCACGGACCUCGACACCAAGGACUACGCGAAUACCAGCCCGAGCACGAUCCACAACAGUGUGGAGUAUUUUCGCCAGGGCCUGGACGCGGGCGGGUCGAUUGUGCUGGCGCAUGAUGUGCAUGAGCAGACGGUUGAGGUGUUGGCUAGGGAGAUGUUGACGAUGAUUCAAGAGAGGGGGUUGACUGCUGUCCCUGUUGGUGAGUGCCUGGGUGAUCCGGAGGGGUCGUGGUAUAAAUAGAUGCGGGAUAGAUGUGUUGAUUGGGUUCGUGUGUAGGUGAGGUACCUUUGAUAGGUACCUCUAUUGUUACAUUAUUCUUCUUCUUCCUGGAACCUUUAUAUAUUCUUAUUGCAUUACUUUGAAGUCACCCCUUCUGCUUCUGUUCCUUCAUUAACAACUGAGAUGUAAUUAACAGAUCCUCGCCAGAGGACAGUAGCAAUACAGUAUACACGAAUGGUAAAAUCAAUCAAUCAUCAUACACACCUGUCAUAGCCUUCCUUUCCUUCUUUUUCCUUUCUUUCCGUUCCCCUUCCUCCCAUGUCCGAACCUCU